CAUUGUAUUGAUAUUUCUUUUAGUAAAAAAUAUAGAUAAAAAAAAUGUAUUUGCAGAACUGCUAAUCCUAGCCAAUUCAGAGAAAGGCUUGCAUUAACAAAUACACCAAACAUGGGAACUCCGAUUAAAGAUAUCAAGAUUCCAGAAAAUGCACCAAACAAUAUUUUGCUAGAUAAACAUAUUGAAUUUAUUAAAACAUAUGAAGAAAGCAAUAAAUAUGAAUACAUUAUGACUGAAUACUUACGUAUGAGUGGUGUUUACUGGGGUUUGACUGCAAUGGCUUUAAUGAAGAGAUUAGAUUCAAUGGAUAAAAAAAGUAUAAUGGAGUUUGUUCAGGAAUGUCAACAUGAUUCAGGUGGCUACAGUGCAAGUGCUCAGCAUGAUGCACAUCUUUUAUACACUCUUAGUGCCAUACAGAUACACGCCUUGUUUGACGAGCUAGAAGAAUUGGACAAAGAAAAAGUGUCAAAUUUUAUUGCAAGUCUUCAACAACCUGAUGGUUCGUUUUACGGUGAUAAAUGGGGAGAGAUUGAUAGCAGAUUUUCGUUUUGUGCCUUAGCAUCCCUGAAAAUAAUGGGUAAAUUGGAUCGCGUAGAUGUUGUAAAAGCUGUAGAAUAUGUUAUACGUUGCAUGAAUUUUGAUGGAGGUUUUGGAUGUACUCCAGGUUCAGAGUCACAUGCUGGACAAAUCUACUGCUGUGUUGGUGUACUCUCUAUAACUAACUCAUUGCAUCUCAUAAAUCCUGACCUGCUGGGUUGGUGGUUAUGUGAACGACAACUACCCUCGGGUGGUUUGAACGGUAGACCAGAGAAGCUACCCGAUGUUUGCUAUUCAUGGUGGGUUCUAGCAUCGUUGAGAGUGCUUGGUAAAAUCGAAUGGAUAGACAAGGAUAAGCUAGCAAAUUUUAUAAUGGCUUCUCAAGACGAAGAAACUGGUGGAAUAUCGGACCGACCUGGAAACAUGGUUGAUCCGUUUCACACCUUAUUUGGCGUGGCUGGUUUAUCGUUGCUAGGAUACAGUCGUAAAGACAUAGAAGAAGUGAACCCAGUUUUUUGUUUACCGCAAUCUGUAGUUGAUAAAUAUAACAUCAAGAUUCAAAUUUUAUGACGAAACUUAUGAAGACGUCGACUCCUGUUAGUUAGACCACAAUAAUCUCGUUUACGUUAUCAGUAAAAAAGUCUGUAAACAAAUUUUUAGCGGGCAAGAAUAUUAGUGACCUGCACAAA